CUGUCGACACGGGUGACCAACUUUUUAUCUAUGUGAUGAGAAAAUCGUCCGGAUUACUGCUUAUUUAACUUAACUUACAUUCCGUUUCCGAUUUGGAGCUCCGGAUUCGGAAUCAGAACUUCCGGACUGAAUCAACCAAUAUGCUGUUAACGAGCGUCCUAGUGGUCAGUGUGUUGAUCCUACGGACGCCGGAAGUAGAGUCUGGAAACGUGGACGUCACCACAUACGAGCAACAGUGUGCACGUGUCUUUUCUGUUAACUACGAGAUCGUUCAUGAUGGCAACUGUAAGCCGUGUGUUUGUCCUACCGAUCACAAAGUCGUGUGUGGAACCGACGGAAAUACCCACGGGAAUGUUUGUGUUGCUCGAUGUCGAGGUGUUCAGGUUGACUGCGAAGGGAAAUGUCCAUGUAAAAAGCAGUGUAAAUGUGGCAAAAAGAUCCGCCCUGUGUGUGGAAAAGAUGGAUUUACAUACGAUCAUAAGUGUCUAGCAAAAUGCGCGGGAACGUCGGUAGCUUGUCAAGGAACCUGCCCUUGUGUUGGGAUGUGUGUUUGUCCAAGAAACUACAAGCCAAUCUGUGGGAAGGACGGCAAAGUUUACGGGAACGGAUGCUUAGCGAAAUGCGCAGGGACACAGAAGCAAUGUAAGGGGACAUGCCCCUGUAAGCCGAAGUGCAAAUGUACCAAGGAAAUCAACACUGUCUGUGGCGAGGACGGUAAAGAGUAUGGCAACAGCUGUUUAGCAGAGUGCGCAGGUGUGCCGGUCUCGUGCGAAGGUAAAUGUCCAUGUUCGUGUACAAGUGUAUGUCCAGAAUUAUACGCCCCAGUUUGUGGAGAGGACGAAAAGACCUACUCAAACGAGUGUACCGCCAACUGUCAGAACGUGUUGGUUCAAUGUAAAGGAGAGUGUCCAUGCAGUCCACAAUGCACCUGUCCAGCUGUCUUUGAGCCCGUAUGUGGCAUUGACGGCAAUACGUACAACAAUGAAUGUCAGGCUAAGUGCAGACAGGUAGAUGUAUUAUGCAAGGGGAACUGUCCGUGUAUUGCCUGUAGUUGUCUACCUGAUGAACAGGCCGUAUGUGACACCGACGGAGCCACACACAGCAAUGCGUGUGAAGCCAACUGCAAAGGGGUUACGAUUGCCUGUAACGGGACCUGUCCAUGUGGUGAGUGUGACUGUCCUUCCGAUAGUGUCGACCUCGUGUGUGGAGAAGAUGGAGUCACAUACGCCGGCCAAUGUGAGGCAAACUGCAAGCAAAUACCGAUAGCCUGUGAAGGAAAAUGUCCGUGUCCUGUACCAGAAGAAUGCACUUGUGCUGAAGUGUAUGACCCCGUAUGUGGUACUGACGGCAUCACAUAUAGUAACAAGUGCGAAGCAGACUGCAAACGUAUGAAGAUCGCUUGUAAUGGAAAAUGCGAAGACUGCUUAGUUUUGUAAAAUGGAACAAACGGAUACGAGCAUGAUGACGACACCUUUCUAGUCCGGGAUGUAGCAGCUAAAAACAAAUAAAACUGCUGUAAUCAUAAAAC